GUAGACGACCAGCCAAUCCAGACAAUGGAGCAUACAGCACAGGGGACUUCACGGCUGUACAGAAUACGCUCAUGCUAACUUGUGACUGUGGCUACACGGCUUAUGGUUCUACCACAGCAAUAUGUGGAGAAGACGGCCAAGUGACUGGUGCGAAUGGUGCAUGCAGCCAUGUGUCCAUUGCGAGUAUGCCCUGCACAAGACCAUCAGAUCCAGACAACGGUGCCUAUAGCCGAGGCGCAUUCACCAUCAUGCAGAAUACCCUGACACUGACGUGUAACAGCGGAUAUCAGCUUUCCGGCUCUGCUACGGUGUCUUGCGGAGUGUAUGGCCAAGUGACCGGGGCGAACGGCACAUGCAACCUGCCCAUUGCCAAUAGGACCUGUACACGACCAACCAACCCAGCCAACGGAGCCUACAGCACAGGGGCCUUCACCGCUGUCCAGAACACCCUGAUGUUAACUUGUGAUGGUGGGUACCAGGCUGAUGGUUCUACUGUGGCAACUUGCGGAGCAGACGGCCAAGUGACUGGUGUUAAUGGUACCUGUGCACGUAAGUUUCUGUCAUCUUUGUGA